AUGAAAUUUUUCAGUCCUUUAUGGGGUCUUGCAGCAGCAGCGACCUUGCUGUUGGAGAGUAACCCGGUAUUCGCUGCCAAUGUCCAUCCAAGCCAAAUCUCCAAAAAAGAAUUCGAGGUCGUCCCUGGUCGUUACAUUGUCGAAUUUUCGGGUGGCAAUGUUGAUGCUAGCAGCAAAAAGCUUACUCAAUUGCUCAAUGGCAAGUUUGAUGAUACCGAAGUCUCCAUUGUUCGAUCCUGGAACCAUUCAUUCAUGCGUGGUAUCUCGCUUCAAAUCGAUACCGUCAAAAAAUCCAAGAGCAAAUCCAAUGACGAUGAUGAAGACCAAGUUGUGGAAUCCAUGUCCACUUCGAAUGAAAACGUUUUGGACUCCGUUAUGAAAGCCUUGCAAGAUGAAGCAUUGGUUACCAACGUUUAUCCUGUACGCAUCAUCCCUCGUCCUCAAUUGACUGCCACCCCUCUCAGCAGUGGCGCAAAGGGCAUCGACACUGGUUUACUUGAACCCCACGGCAUGACCCAAGUUGAUCGUGUUCACAAAGAACUCAAGAACAAGGGAAAGGGUAUCAAGGUCGGCGUUAUCGAUUCGGGUGUCGACUACAAGCAUGAAGCAUUGGGUGGAUGUUUGGGCAAAGGCUGCAAGGUAGCCUUUGGCUAUGAUCUUGUUGGUGAUGAUUACAAUGCUGAAGUACCAGGCAGCACGCCCAAGCCUGAUGAUGAUCCAUUGGAUGAUUGUGGUAAAGAUUCUGGUGCAAGCGGUCAUGGUACCCAUGUCUCUGGUAUCAUUGCUGGAAAGUCUGAGAACUUCACGGGUGUUGCCCCUGAAGCCACCUUGGGCAUGUGGCGUGUAUUCGGCUGUAAAGGUAGCGCAAGUAACGAUGUCAUCAUCCAAGCUAUGCUUGAUGCCUAUGAAGCUGGUGUCGAUAUCAUCUCCAUGAGUCUUGGAGAUUCGAUUGGAUGGCCUGAAAGUGCCGAUUCAGUUGUUGCUCAACGCAUUGUCGAAAGUGGUGUUCCAGUUAUCAUUGCAGCUGGUAAUGAAGGUGCUAGUGGUGCCUUUACUGCUGGUACUCCUAGUGUUGGCCAUGGCCCAGUAUCUGUUGCUUCAUUCGACAACAACUACUUUAUCGCCAAGCAAUUCUCUGCUGAUGGUUUGGAUGGCAAGCAAAUUUAUUCCCCAAGCGAAUCCUCUGGUCAGCUUCCUGAUGGUGAGCUUGCUCUUGGUGACAAGAAUGUUGACAGCUCUUCGGAUGCUUGUAAGGCUGAAAAUGUACCCAAGGAAGUGAAGGGCAAGAUUGGUCUUGUUCGUCGUGGCUCUUGUACUUUUGAUGAAAAGGCUGCCAACCUUGCUAAGGCUGGUGCUAUUGGUGCCUUGGUAUUCAACGCUGAAGGUGAUGUUUUUACUCCUUCCACAACUACAGCCAAGAUCCCCGUGGCUGGUGUCUCGAAUGAAAUUGGUUUGAAAUUGGUUGAUCUUCUCAAGGGUGGUAAGACCGUCAAGGCUUCCUUUGAUCAUCAAGAAAGCACCCUUCCUGUAUCUACCGGCAAGACUGUUUCAUCUUUCUCCAGCGUUGGUCCUUCAUACGAAAACGACUUCAAGCCUGAGAUUGCUGGUAUUGGUGGCAAUGUCUAUUCCACUCUUCCCCGUUACCUCGGUGGUUGGGGUAUGAUGAGUGGUACUUCGAUGGCAACUCCUUACGUCGCUGGUGCUGUUGCUUUGUACCUUAAGCAGGCUCAAAAGGAUCAUGAUCUUUCGACCAAGCCCAAAUUCAUCACCGAACAAUUCCAACACUAUGCUUACAAGGCCCCUAACGUCAACGUUGUUGGUAUCGAUUCUCCUCUUGCUCAAGGAGCUGGUUUGAUUCAAGUGUAUGAUACCCUCAUGCAAAAUGUUCAUAUCACCCCUGGUGCUAUCUCAUUCAACGACACUGCCAACAUUGUCCGCACUCAAAAGUUGACUAUCAAGAACAAUGGUCACUCCACCGUGUCCUACCAAAUCAGCAACAACGUCAGCGUUGCCAUUCAACCCUACGACCAAAAUCCUUACAUCUUUAGCGAGCCUGCCACAUACAUCAAUGAUGAGAGAAAUGCCGCAGCCUCCAUCAAGUUCAACAAGAAGACCAUCAAGUUGGGACCUGGCAAGAGCGCUACCAUCAAAUUUACCAUUACCCCUCCUACAAAGCACAACAGCCCUGAUGAUCAUAUCAUGUAUGGCGGCUUCAUCCAAUUCAAGAGCCAAAACAGCAAGCACAAGGAUCUCACUGUUCCCUAUUUUGGCAUUGUUGGUGAUCAACGCAAGUUGCCAUUGUUCAUGCCCGAUUCGCCUGUGGUGACGGAUGAGAAUCAAAGCAAGUUGUACGAUAGCAAGGAUGAUGUUUUUGUAUUCGACCCCAAGAACGCAACCACCGUCCCCUACUUUAUCUAUGGUUUCCAAACCCCCACCGCACAUCUUAAGGCCACUUUGUACACCGAAAAGGGCAAGGCUCUUGGUACUGUGUGGUCUGCAGAUUAUGAAAUUGGCCGCAACACCCUUAGCGAGCCUUACACUGCCACUAUUUGGGAUGGCACUUACAAGCCUACCAUUGGCAAAUUUGAAUUCCCAAUCUCUUUGCAAGCACCCAAGGGCAAGUACCGCAUUGGCUGGAAGGCACUCAAGCUCCUUGGCAACCCCAACAAGAGCCAAGACUGGGAAUCGUGGACUUCAUGCAUUAUUCAAGUCGUCUAA